AACGUCACCGUGCCACGACUAUUUCAACAAUAAAAGAUAACAAUACGUAAGAAGCACAAAUUUGUUAUUGAAAAUAGAAUAAAAUAAAAUAAUCUACAAUGUUAAAAGCCGUAAUUCUCGUUGGGGGUCCGCAAAAAGGAACUCGCUUUCGACCACUAUCACUUGACUUACCAAAACCACUGUUCCCGAUUGCUGGUCGCUCGAUCAUUCAACAUCACAUAGAAGCAUGCGUUCAAAUAAAAGAGCUCAAAGAAAUUCUGGUCAUUGGAUAUUAUCCAGCCGCACAAAUGGAACGAUUUGUAGCCGAUAUGCAAAAUACGUACAGUGUCAGCAUACGCUAUUUGCAAGAAUUCACAAUGCUUGGCACUGCGGGUGGAAUGUAUCACUUUAGAGAUCAAAUUAGAUCCGGCAAUCCUGAAGGAUUUUUCGUUUUAAAUGGUGAUGUAUGUUCCGACUUUACACUAAAAGCACUGUACGAUUUCCACAAAUCCAAAGGUUCAGAUGCAAUCAUUUCAAUAAUGAGCACCGAGGCAACUAAACAACAAUCUAUUCAUUACGGUUGCUUGGUCAUCGAUUCGAAAACUGGAUGUGUUAAUCAUUAUGUAGAGAAGCCGAGCUCAUAUGUGUCCACAUUCAUAAAUUGUGGAAUUUACAUUUGUUCAAUGGAUGUGUUUAGUGAAAUUUCUCAAGUUUUUCAUUCACGCGAAAUGAAUUAUCAGUCGAAUGGUAAUGGACAAAAUCGUGAUCCAGGUUACAUUGAAUGGGAACGAGAAUGUUUAACUAAAUUGGCUGGAACUGGAAAAUUGUUUGCAUUACCAGUGACUAAUUGGUGGUCACAAAUCAAAACAGCUGGAAGUGCCAUUUAUGCAAAUCGACGGUUCCUUGAUUUGUACAAGCGCACCAAUUCAGAUAGAUUAGCAAAGCAUAGUGGCCAAUUUGGUUGUGAAAUCAUUGGUGAUGUUUUCAUACAUCCAUCUGCAACGAUUCACGAGACGGCAGUACUUGGCCCAAAUGUAUCAAUUAUGUCGAAUGUUGUUAUUGGUGCUGGUGUUCGAAUACGUGAAUCAAUCAUCCUUGAUAAUGCAUCUGUUAAUGAUCAUACACUCAUUUUACACAGCAUUGUUGGCCGCAAUUCACAAAUUGGAAGUUGGGCUCGAGUAGAAGGAACGCCAUCAGACCCUGAUCCGAACAAACCAUUUGCAAAAAUGGAAAAUCCAUCGUUAUUCAACAGCGAAGGAAAAUUGAAUCCAUCGAUUACAAUUUUGGGUUGCUUUGUUACAGUAGCACCAGAAAAAGUGUUAUUAAACUCCAUCGUUUUGCCGCACAAAGAACUGACCCGAAGCUACAAAAACGAAAUCAUUCUUUAGACUAUGUUGUUUCAAUGAUUCUUUUAAUUCAAUUUCGAAACAAUAAACUUUUUAAUUUCAGCUUUUAAUUUUAA